AUGGCUUCGAAUAUCACCAAGACUCAGAAAGGUCGUGAAAAACUUAUUCACGAGGGCUGGAUGUAUGUCCGGGACCGUGUGAUAGGCGGAGGAAGUGUACAGAGUUGGCGGUGCAUGUAUAAGAACGCUUCUUGUCCGUGCCGCGCUAGAGCGUACACCUCUAUUGAGUCGGGGGAGGUCGUCAGUACGAAAGGCUCACACACGGAUCCGGUCGACCCUUCGGGAGUCGAGACCACGAAAGUCCGUGAAGCCAUCAAGCGACGCUGUGAAGAAACAAGUGAACCACCAUCGUCGGUGAUGUCCUCAGCGUUUCUCACGGCUUCGAGAGCAACUCUCGGACGACUCCCGGAGCGUUCGGUCAUGGCGAGGAUGAUAAACCGCCACAGGAACGCCGUUUCGAACACCCCGGCAAAUUUCGAAUCUAGGAGUUCCAUAGUAAUUCCAGAACACUACCGCGAAUAUGAAUUCGAGCCCGGACGAUUCGAGAAUUUCGUCGUAGCUGACAGCGGUGAAGGAGAUGUCGACCGCAUAAUCAUUUUCGGAAGAGAGUCCACGAGAGAGUGGAUAGGCUUAGUCCAAAAGCUAUUCGUCGAUGGGACCUUCAGUCUUUCCCCACCGACUUUUUCUCAGAUUUUCGUGGUGCUAGCCGAACGGUCACAGUGUGUCCUCCCGGUCGCGUAUGCACUGCUUCCGAACAAGACCGCUGAAACAUACACGAGGGCGCUGAGUCUACUGAAGAACGCGUGGCCGGCUUUGAGUCCUCUGGCCGUGGUGAUGGACUUCGAAAGGGCUGUCAUGAACGCCGUGCGCAGCGUUUUUUCUUCCGAUACGAGGAUGGAUGGCUGUUUCUUCCACCUCGUGAAGAACAUCAAGCUCAAGCUGGCGGGAGAAGGGCUUAUGAGUCGGUGUAGUAAUGACGACGAAUUCGCGCUCAACGCGAGGAUGAUCGCGGCCCUGGCUUUCGUUCCACCGGCCGAGCUGAAUAACGCGAUCUCCCAUGAGUGA